AUGUCGCGGUCAUCGGCAGGCUUUGCGGACUUUUUCCCUACUGCGCCAUCCGUUCUCCAACAGAAGCGCUUCAAGUCCAGCCGGGAUCGACCGCAGCCCAAGCCCCCCGCUGGCGCUGAAAAUGGCCUUGAACGACCAGAAUCGUCAGAAUCGAGUAGUAUCCAUGAUCUCGCCAAUGGUACUACGUCGUCUGAUCGGACAGCAAAGGCCCUGCCCGAUCACAAGCCAACGUCAUCUGAAGGCACCGGAGACGCUUCGGCCGGCUCCAUAGGUACCGGUACCUCAGCUCCUACCUCAUCCGCUCCUGAUCUUCGAGCGACCACUAAUUAUGAAGCGCACCUCGAAACUCUCACACCGCUCACCAACGCAGAGUCCUCGCCGUCUCGCAAACCUGGAUCACCGCAGACCAAGCUAGCAAAUGGGAUUACCCUAGAAAACCCCCCGGGCUCCGGCAUUGAUGCCCCGCGAUCGGACAUCACGCCCGUUCACACUCCUCCAACCCCCCAGUCGCAGAGCCGUCGUUCCGGCGACAUCAAAGGCUCCAAGCUCGUCUACGAUCCCGAUGUCGAAAAGCGAUCUUCCCUGAAGGAGAAGCGGCGGAAACCACGCUACGUGGACAUUGUGCUAAAUGAGCAAGACGCUUGUCCGGCCGACCCUCGCUUGGUCAUAUCGAAUUACACGCGAGGGGCGGGCUGUAAGCAAAAAACGAAAUAUCGCCCGGCUCCGUAUACGCUGAGACCGUGGCCAUACGAUGCUGCAACGACUAUAGGACCCGGACCCCCCGUACAAAUAGUCGUUACGGGUUUCGACCCUCUGACCCCGAUUGCACCAAUCAGCGCACUGUUCUCAAGCUUCGGUGAAAUCGCCGAGAUCAACAAUCGCACCGACCCGAUUACUGGCCGAUUCCUCGGGAUCUGCUCCAUCAAAUACAAGGACAGUGUAUCGUUUCGAGGAGGCGGUCCGGUUUCCGGCCCGAACGCUGCGAGGCGGGCGUUCUAUGAGUGCAAGAAGGAACAGCGCAUCGGGACCCGGAGGAUCAGGGUCGAGUUGGAUCGAGAAGGGAUCGUGUCGGAAAAGCUUGUAUCACGAGCGGUUGAUGCGCAGAGGGUUGGACAUCAGCAGAACAAGGUAUCCUCUACGGAAGAGACACGACCUGAGCCUGCACUGAAACGAAAUGAACCUCCCCCUACCGCGCCAAAAGGGCCGUCUGGGAAAUCCUCCAUUCGUCCACCCAUUGCUAUACCGGAAGGCCCCCGAGCGACGUUUUUAAAACCGGCCAUGCCGUCGUUGGUGGAAGAAACACCCAUACUGAACCAAAUCAAGCGAGACCCCUACAUUUUCAUUGCACACUGUUACGUCCCAGUCCUCAGCACGACCGUGCCACACUUGAAAAAGCGACUCAAAUUAUUCAACUGGAAAGAUAUCCGUUGCGACAAGACCGGCUACUACAUUAUAUUUGAGAACUCGCGGCGUGGAGAGGAAGAAACCGAACGCUGCUACAAGAUGUGCCAUAUGAAGCCGUUAUUCACGUACAUCAUGAAUAUGGAGAGUCAGCCUUAUGGGAAUCCCGCGUAUGAGCGCAGUCCCAGCCCGGCGCGAUUCCAAGCAGAGCAGCGGAAGCGAGCGGAGAUGGACAGGCUCAAAAGAGAGGCCGAGCUGGACAUUGAGGAAGAGAAGAAGCAGCGUGCUCUUGACCUCGAUCCGUGCAAGGAAGUCUUGACGAUAAUCAUUCGGGAUCUGAAAGACAAACUUCUUGAAGACGUCAAGUCGCGCAUAGGUGUACCCGCCUUAUACGACUAUCUCGACCCAGGGCGACAUGCGGAUAGAAGGAAAAGGCUGGGCAUCCCGGAUCCUGAGGGAAUGAGACGGCCCAUGUUUCGGAUCGAAGCCGAUAACUCCGUCGGCGCAUCUGGGACGCGGCCUGACUCUUCCAGGCUCAGGCAACCGCUGAACGCAUCUAAUCUUAAUGUUUUGUCUCUUCCGCGGAUAAGAAAGUCCAACCGCCUUGAUCGUACGGACAUUGCUUUCUUGGACGAGAGGCGUAAGCAGCCAUUGCGAAGAAAGGAAGUCCGGCCUCUCUACCACCGUCUACAACAGUUACACGAUGUCGACGAUUCCGAUGAUGACCAGAGGACUCCGUUUUCAAAGGACAAUGAUGAAUCAGACAGCCGCCCGCUGAGUCGCAUGAGCUCCCGGUCGUCAGUCUCGGAGGAUGGAGAUGAGUUUGAACCUAAAUCGGUGGACAGGGCUACGCCGGAGCUUGCGGACCAAGUAGGAGACUCGAAGGCAGACAAUACUGGGGUUGAGUUCGCGCAGAAAGAUAUACACGGUGAUUUGGACGAGCACCCCACAGACUCGCUCAAAAGGAAACGAGACAAGAAAGAGCUUAAGGCGCGGAAAAGGCAAAGAGAGAACGAUACCCUUCUCGAUGUGGAUUCCGUGACAGAGAUUCAAUCCGUGGACGCACAUGUUCUUCCGACGCCUGACGAAGAUGGCUCUACAGUUGAUAAAGACCACACUGAUGGUCCACAAAAGCGUCUGGAUCAGGAAGAUUUGAGCCCGUCAAGCCUCGAGGAAGCUGACAUUGAGCCUCUUUUACCCGGAAAGGAAAGCCGCGCCUCAUCGCAUCCGAUUGAAGCCGAUGGUGUUUCGGUAUAUGAUGAGACAUCGACGGAGGAGGUGAGGUGGAAGGUGUCGUACGGCGAACCUCGGCGGAUUGUGGAAGAUGACCAGGCAGUCAUCCUUGACUUGGAUGGGUGGCAGAACCUGGUUAAAGACGAGGAGGACUUGUGCUUCCUUCAAGAAAUCCUUGCCGAACAGGCGACCGUCGACCUGGGCAAUCUGUCCGCAUGGGCCUGGAGACAGAAAGAGAUCAAAGCUCUCAAUCGCCCAGGAGACACUGGUCCAGUACACGAGGAGGCCAAGAUCCAUGGGUACUAUGUGCGGAACCCAACAGGAGCUGCCCGGACUGAGGGAAGGAAGAGGAUCCUUGAGUCAGAAAAGUCGAAAUAUCUGCCGCAUCGCAUCAAGGUCCAGAAGGCGCGUGAAGAGCGUGAGGCCCGGGCGAAGACUGACCCCCAGAGCGUUGCUGCGGAGGCUGCUAGAGUCGCUGCUGCUAAGAACAUUUCUAAAUCGACCUCCAGAUCGACGAGAGUCAAUAAUCGCCGACUCAUCGCCGACAUCAACGCGCAGAAACAAGCACUCCCGACGCAGAGCGGCGAUAGUGACGUUCUUCGGUUCAAUCAAUUGAAGAAACGGAAGAAACCCGUGCGCUUUGCUCGAUCCGCGAUUCACAACUGGGGCCUCUAUGCCGAGGAGAACAUCUCGGCAAACGAUAUGAUCAUCGAAUACGUGGGAGAGAAGGUCCGACAGCAAGUUGCAGACAUGAGGGAACGGCAAUACUUGAAGAGUGGCAUCGGCAGCAGUUAUCUCUUCCGCAUUGACGAGAAUACCGUCAUCGAUGCCACUAAACGGGGAGGCAUCGCUCGGUUUAUCAACCACAGUUGUACGCCCAAUUGCACUGCCAAGAUUAUCAAGGUCGAUGGCAGCAAGCGGAUUGUCAUAUAUGCUCUGAGGGAUAUCGAACGAGAUGAAGAGCUGACCUACGACUACAAAUUUGAACGGGAAUGGGACAGCGACGACAGAAUCCCGUGCCUUUGCGGCUCAACUGGAUGCAAGGGCUUCCUUAACUAG